UACAAUGUAUCUUGGUACUCGAACUUUAGGCUAAGUAUCUUAAAGUUGUGUAGUACACCACAUUACAGAAACGCGUUUAAAGAUCUCUUUAAAAAUGUGAAUUUGAUAACUUAAGUUCCCUUUUUUAGUCAUAAAAAUCAAUAUAUUUUUUAUGACCCUAGCGGCAGUGAUGUGUUGUAAAUUGAUUUAAUGGCCAACUGGCCACUUUGAAGCUCGAGAGUGCGUUAUAAACUGACAUCGAAAGAAGUCGGGCCCAUUUACGCAAGUUGACUGAACAAACGCCAUGCAUUUCAGACAACUCUUUAACGAAAUGGUUAUUAUCUUGACCAUAUUGACUCUUCCUGGCUAUAACAUUCACGGCUUGGCAGAUAAGAAAAUCAGCCAAUAUCCUUGGAUCCCGAAGACGUCAACGCAUAUUACACCUUAUAAGAUAUCUGAGGAUAUAUGAAAAAUUAAAUGUGUUAUUAUUUAUGAAUAAAUUUGGAAGAAUUUGUCU